AUGGUAGUGGUUUUGGUCGUGCGGCGUUACCUUCGGAAGGUCCUGCCUGGAAGGGCUGAGCGCAGGCUCCAGGUGGGAAUCGCGCUGGAGCCAGGGGAAGGACUGGCCAGGGGCCGGGAGACAUCUGGCUUCCCUGCCUCCGGAGAAGCCCGAGCCGGGGACCUGGGGAGCGACGACGGAGGCGCCCCGGGGCAGUGCAGCAGCUGGGCCGUGGGAGGAGAGAACGGGCGCCUGGCGGGUGUUGGAGCGCAGAAGGUUUCUCUUUCGGAAAACGAGACACUCCUCUCCUCACAAAAGGGUUUUGAAGUUGUGACCUUUCAAAUCGCCCCUCCAUGUACUAGCGAGAGGCAUUAUGAGCAUUUUGGGAGGUGCUGCAACAAAUGUGAGCCAGGAAAGUACAUGUCUUCUAAGUGUACUACUACCUCCGAAAGUAUUUGUCUACCCUGUGGCCCUGAUGAAUACUUGGACACGUGGAACGAAGAAGACAAAUGUUUGCUGCAUCAAGUUUGUGACACAGGCAAGGCCCUGGUGGCCGUGGAGCCCGGCAACCGCACAGCCCCCCGGCGCUGCGCCUGCACCUCCGGGUACCACUGGAGCGAUGACUGCACCUGUUGCCGCCGCAAUGCCGAGUGCGCGCCUGGCUUCGGGGCCCAGCAUCCUUUGCAACUCAACAAGGACACCGUGUGCAAGCCUUGCCUGGCAGGCUACUUCUCGGAGACCUUUUCUUCCACGGAUAAGUGCAAACCCUGGACCAACUGUACAACUCUUGGAAAAACAGAAAAACAUCGUGGGACAGAGAAAUCAGAUGUAGUGUGCAGUUCUUUUCUGCCAUCCAGACAACCAACAAAUGAACCCCAGAUUUACUUGCCCAGUCUAAUUAUUCUGCUCCUCUUCGUAUCUGUGGCAUUAGUGGCUGGCGUCAUCUUUGGUGUUUACUAUAGGAAAAACGGGAAAACACUAACAGCUAAUUUGUGGCACUGGGUCAAUGAGACAUGCAGCCACCUACAUGGAAAUAAGGAGUCUUCAGGCGACGGGCUUGUCAGUGCUCAGUCAGGAGCCUCUAGUCAGCGCCAACUUUGCGAAGGCGUCUUCCUGCUGACUCUGGAGGAGAAGGUGUUUUCUGAAGAUAUGUGUUAUCCAGCGGGGGGUGCCUGUGCGAUGGAAGAUACCACCCUGCUGUCCUUGGUCAGCGAGAUUGAGGGGGACCCCUUCAGGCAGAUGCCCAUGGAAGACGAAUAUGUGGACAGGCCCGCCCAGACUCCAGACUCUUUACUGGUCCUGACUCAGUCUGGCAGCCAAUGCACACCCCCUUUUCCUGAGCCCUUAGAGGUCGGGGAGAAUGACAGUCUAAACCAGUGCUUCACUGGGACAGAGAGCCUGGCAGACUCCGGGAGCUGCCACCUGGAGGAGCCCCUGUGCAGGACAGAUUGGAUGCCCGUGGUCUCUGAGAAGUACUUACAGAGAGAGGCGGAGGCUGGCACCUGCCCCCACUGGGCGGCCAGCUCCCCCUUGGCAGAUGGCUGUACAGGCUGCAGUGACCCUCCUGGGGAGGAUGGGGAGCCCAUGAUGGGAUCCCCAAAAAGUGGACCCUUGCCCCAGUGCGCCUAUGGUAUGGGUCUGCCCCCGGAAGAAGCAUCCGACAAGGCAGAGAGGGGAGACCAGCCCAUGGAUGAGGCUGAUGUGCGUCCUCCAAAUGCCACGCGGGGAGGCCCUGGCUCAGGAAACCCCUCCUGUGACCACCCACCUGCCACUGGCAAUGUGACUGGAAACAGUAACUCCACGUUCAUUUCCAGCGGGCAGGUCAUGAAUUUCAAGGGCGACAUCAUCGUGGUGUAUGUCAGCCAGACGUCGCAGGAGGGCAUUGCCAGCAGCGGCGGCGGCGGUGGCGGCGGCGGCGGGGAGCCGGGGGAACCUGGGGAGGAGCCGGGUCGCCCGGUGCAGGAAGAGAGCUCCGCGCGCACUGACACCUUCGCGGGCAGCGGAGCGCGCCUGGCCGACAAGGGCCUCGCGGGCGAGGUGGCCACACCGGUGCAAGAGCAGGGGCUGCAAGAGCCCGCGGCCCGUGCGCCCCGGGCUUGGCGUUGA